UUUUUGUUUGUUUGCUGAUUCACAAGCGCUUCAAUGUCGCGAGCAAAGCGCAAGACCAAGUCCAGCUGGUCUUCGCAAGUGGUGUCCAUUCUGACAGCUGUUUGCUGUGCAGGUAUUUGCGGAACAGUGUUCUGGAUUAUCAAGAGCACUGACCACUUGCAAAGUGAAUUGGAGAGGCUAGCUAUUUUGGCUGGAUCUCAAGCACGUGAAGUUGAGCAGCUCUUCAAUGUUAGCCGCUGACUUCGUUGGACGCGGGCUUUGCGUGAAGAUGACCUAGAAGCUGCGAAGGUGCCAAGGGCCAUGAAACCCCUCUUGUCCUUUGUGACAAUUGCCAUCGCGGCCAUCGCGACUGCCGAGUCCACCUUGGAGGACGAGGAUGAGGAGGAAGAAUGGACACAACUUCAGGGCGGAGCGCCGUCAGAAUCAUUUGGGCAUUUGGAAGAAAGGAGCUGACGGUGCAUUGAACCAAUGCGUGCCGCUCUUGCAGGUGCUGCGCAGCCUGCACGGCGCAUUUGCUGGAAUGCUCCUGCGCUGCGACAAGAGCACUGGCUGUGUGAGGAACGGCUGCCGUCCAAGUAUGAAGAAGUGCAGAGGCCUGAACGCUGGUUACAGAGCCCCUGACUAUCAUUGGCCCAAUGUGGUCAUGUUAGAGCAGGAGACUUGAAAAAGGAUUCUUGAUUAUUUGAACACCAUAUCUACUUGUACUUGAGCAUGGUGGAAUCCUCUUGUUUCUUUUCUUUGGUUGGCAUUCUAGCUUGUCAAGGAGUCUUGCAGCUGAAUUCAGAAGAUUAGAGCUACGUGUGGUCGUGCCUGCACCUUUGUGGCUCAAGCUUGUUUGUAGUGAGUCGAAUAUUUGCCCAUCCAGCAGAAGCUGGAAUUUUCCGCAUGCGCUCCUUCCGACGUUUUCGCCUUUCUGGGGCUUUAGUGCUGUGCGCUUUUCUGGCGAGCGAGAUUGCAUUCUUAGGCUUUCCAAGGCCGGUGCAACCUCCAAACGCCACCGAUGCCCCUGCCGCAAAGCUCGUUUCAAAGAGUGUAGAGGCAUCUCAAAUAAGCACAGAGAGAGUGGAGGAAAGAAUAGAGGAGCACGUGAGCAUUCCUGAGAUUUUGAAGCGCUAUGGCCUGCCAGCACUCUUCUUUCACUUCAUGGUUUGGGUCAGCACUCUGUCAGCCUGCUACUUGUUCUUGUCCAUUAACACCGGCAUUCUCGAGUUGCUCCCCGCUGAGCUUCAGCAACGGAUAAGUGGUGGAAGCCAGAUCGGCUAUGCAGCAGCUGCUUUGGGUGCUGCUGAAGUCUUAGGCCCUGCACGUCUUGCUUUGACUGUGGCAGCAGCACCAACAGCAUCGAGGGUGGCAAGGCAGUAUGACUGGUUCCGCAAGACGGAGGAAGAGAUUGUUCGAUUUUUCAGCGAUGCUACUUCGUCUUUGUCUCAAAUGUUCUUGAAGGCAUAAGGCAUAGCUUGGAGAUUGCCUCGUGGCAGAUCUCAGUUCAGUCAGGCCACUCACAGGUCUCACCCCAAGGUUCGCCCUGUCUAAGCAAUUUCGCACGGUGAGCUGUCCAUAUGGUUGCAGAAAGCUGGUAGAACCUUGGAUGAAUGUACAGGUUUCGACUCUUGCAUUCUUGGUUCAGUACGUCGCUGAACUUGACUACAAACUGGCAUAUAACGUUUUUGAGCACCGGGCCCCACCAAACGCAAAGACCGAAAAGUGCGCCAAAAAGAACUACAUUGGACCCCCAACCCCGAAGAGCACGACUCCAGGAUGCUCGGGACUUUGUCCCGGAAGAACCACUGUCGCCACCCUCCGUGUGGGGUUGCCAAUGAUGACCAGGUGACGCGACUCCUCAAGGUUCUCCGGCUGCC